AUGUAUCAUUCUAACUGGUUUCAAACAAAACUUAUUUUAAUUGCUCUUACUUUUACUGAUGUGUUACCAUUUGUCGCGCCUUCGUUCCACUUCAAUCUCCCCACAUUUAAUGCAGAUAGUUGUAUAGCUGGAUGCCUGUUGCCCAGAAGCAACCAUACUAUAUGGUUACCAUACAAUUAUCCACCAUGUAUUUAUCCUGGUCAACCGUUGCUUUUUUGGCCCGGUACAAAAGCUUGUAAUAUGCCAAUAUUUCUGCAUUCUAGCAGUGUUUCCCUAGAUUUUUUGUCUGGUGUACUAUUCGCAGAAGAACAUGUAUGCUUUGAUGUCAAACCGUGGGAAGUGAAAUUUUCUUAUGCAUGUUUUAAUAGCUCUGUUAUUUAUCAUACAUUUCUUGUUAUGGAUCACAAGAAGUAUGCUUCAAAACUACGGUCAAAACGAUGGUUACGGCGCAGAAAUCCCACAGUACCUCGGAUACACUUCCAGCAAGAGCGAUACAUCACGCAAAUACCAGAAGAUUUAUCCAUUAAUUCAUUAAUUUUCAAGCUGCAAGCUACCCAUAUUACUAAUGAAUCAGUGUAUUAUGCUAUGGUAGCGCCUGAAGAUUCACGUACAGCAAACACUUUCACCCUUGACACAGUUUCAGGAGAAAUACGUGUUGGAAAGACGCUUGAUCGAGAAACAUUGGAUCGACAUGUACUCAAAGUUACGGCAUAUGAACGGCUAGAUCCCGCCGUAUCAACUAGUAGUUCGAUUAUUGUGGAAAUAUUAGAUGUUCAAGACAAUGCACCUAUAUUUGAGCGCAAUUCAUAUUAUUCUGAAAUCAGAGAGGAUGCA